AUGUAUCUAUCGUUAGAAAACGUCGCCCUGGUCGAACAUAGCGUCGGCCACCUUGAUGAAACCUGCAAUGUUGGCACCCUUCAACAAAGAUGGCAAGCCAAAGUUGGUCUCCUUCGUGUACUUGACCGCAGUCUCGUAGCAGUUGUCGAAACACUCGUACAUGAUUUGCUUCAACUUGGAGUCCACCUCCUCUCUGCUCCAUUGAACUCUCUGGGAGUUCUGGGCCAUCUCCAAGCCAGAAACAGCAACACCUCCACAGUUGGCGGCCUUGCCUGGCGCAUACCACACGCCCUUUGGUCUGUUCUUCUCGAAAAUCUCAACAGCUUCGGCAGUCGAGCCCAUGUUGGAGCCUUCCGCAAUGUAGAUGCACCCAGCAUCCACCAAGGCCUGGGCCUCUUGACCGGAAAUCUCGUUUUGGGUGGCAGAAGGCAAAGCCACAUCCACCUUGCCCACAUGGGUCCAAGGACGGGCGCCUUCAAGGUACUCGACCUUGGCCGCAGUGAAGGCAGAGUACUCUUCGAUGAUCUGCGACAAGUUCUUGAACUUGAUCUUGGCCUCAGCAAUGGCCUCCACUUGUGCUGGCGUGACACCGUUGGGGAAAAUCAACGUGCCCUUGGAGUCGGACAAGGACACAACAACUCCGCCCAACUCAAUCACCUUCAAAGCAGCAUACUGGGCCACGUUACCAGAACCAGAGAUGGCCACACGCUUGCCCUUGAAAGUUUCCGAGCCCUGGGUGGCCUUCUCGAUCAUCUUCUCGACGUAGUAAACCACACCGUAACCGGUGGCUUCGGGUCUGAUCAACGAACCGCCCCAGGUCAAGCCUUUUCCGGUCAAGACACCGGACCAGUUGUUUUGCAUGGCCUUGUAGGCGCCGAAAAGGAACCCAAUCUCACGGCCACCCACACCAAUGUCUCCUGCUGGAACGUCGGUGUCUGCGCCAAUGUAUCUGGCCAACUGUCUCAUGAAGGCCACACAGAAACGUCUGAUUUCGGCGUCGCUGCGGUUCUUGGGGUCAAAGUCCGAGCCUCCUUUGCCGCCGCCCAUCGACAAGCCGGUCAAGGCGUUCUUGAAAAUCUGCUCGUAGCCCAAGAACUUCAAGAUGGACAAGUUGACUGUAGGGUGGAAUCUCAAGCCUCCCUUGUAUGGGCCCAAGGCGGAGUUGAACUGCACACGGUAGCCAUUGUUGACUUCGAUUUCGCCCUUGUCGUUUUCCCAAGCGACACGGAACUGGAUCACCCGCUCAGGCACAGAAACAACAGGAAUCACCUUCUUGUACUCUGGCUUUUGGGUGAAAAGAGUGGAGUCCUCAAGCGCAGAGAACAAUUCGUCGUAAGCCUGCUGGAAUUCGGGUUCGUGGGGCAAAACCAUGAUGUUUGUCUAGAAAUUGUUUGGUGGAAGGUUUUUUUUUUUCGGCCGGGAGGUUGCUCUUUAUAUUCUCUAGGCUCGGCAUUCUCCACCUGUCAAGGAUGCAAAAGCGUGCACGGUUCCAGCGACCGUUGUUCUCUGCAGAACGGUGAUGCAAGUAAAUGA